AUGGCUGGAGGCAAACCCCGUGGUCUUAACGCGGCGCGAAAGUUGCGAACGAACCGAAAGGACCAGAAAUGGGCCGAUCUUCACUACAAGAAGCGUGCCCUAGGGACAGCUUUCAAGUCAUCUCCUUUCGGUGGCUCUUCUCACGCGAAGGGAAUUGUUCUCGAGAAGGUCGGUGUUGAGGCCAAGCAGCCUAACUCUGCUAUCCGAAAGUGUGUCCGUGUGCAAUUGAUCAAGAACGGCAAGAAGGUCACUGCCUUUGUGCCCAAUGACGGUUGCUUGAACUUUGUGGACGAGAACGAUGAAGUCUUGCUUGCUGGUUUCGGUCGUAAGGGCAAGGCAAAGGGUGACAUUCCAGGUGUGCGAUUCAAGGUCGUAAAAGUCUCUGGCGUUGGUCUUUUGGCUCUGUGGAAGGAGAAGAAAGAGAAGCCUCGUUCUUAA